UAAAUCUCCUCAGCCGUCUCGUCUUCAUUCAUCUUUUCUUUGUGCUCACACAGCUCUACUCCUCUCCUCCUCUUCUCCUUCCUCUCCUCCCCUCCUCCUCCUCCUCUUCCAUCAUGCUCUCCUACCGCCGGUACUCCCCACGCUCCUCCACCGCCGUUCGGAGUGAGACCUCCGGCUCUGCUGCUCCGCGUGCUUCGCUGUACGGAGUCCCUCACAAGUUUGAUCCGUCCUUCAGAGGUCCGGUCCGCAGACGGAGCUGCACUGAUGUCUUAUGUUGUUUGAUCUUCAUCGUUGUCAUCCUCGCUUACGUCGCCCUGGGGAUCGUGGCGUGGUUACACGGAGAUCCAAAGAAGGUUCUUUAUCCCACCGACAGCUACGGUCAGUUCUGUGGUCAGAUAGGAACCAUCAACGAGGAGAAGCCGAUUUUAUUCUACUUCAACAUCCUGAAAUGUACAAACCCAGCGAUCCUCAUCAACCUGCAGUGUCCCACCACACAGAUGUGCGUGUCGAAGUGCCCGGACCGUUUUCUGACCUACUCAGAGAUGCAGCUGCAGCACAAACUCAACCGCAGUCACUUUGAUUAUUACCAACAGUUCUGUAAGCCGGGCUUCAACCAUCCUCAAAAGCCGGUGUCUCAGGUGCUCAGAGACGAAGACUGUCCAUCCAUGAUCGUCCCCAGCAGACCCAUCCUGCAGAGGUGUCUCCCAGAAUUCAUCACUCAGAAUGGGACGGUGACAGUUGCAAACAGGACGAGGUUUAAAGACGCUCUGGAGGUGGCUCACAGUAUCACUGACCUACAACACGCUGCCAAAGGUAUGACAGGAUUUGUGGACACGAGAGAACUCGGCUUGAAGAUCGUGCAGGAUUACACCAAGUCAUGGGACUGGAUACUCAUAGGUCUGCUGCUGUCCCUGCUCAUCAGUCUGAUCUUCAUCCUCCUGCUGAGGUUCACUGCUGGAUUACUGCUCUGGACCACCAUCAUCUUCGUCCUCCUGCUGCUCUCCUACGGUUCCUGGUUCUGCUGGAUGGAGCUGGGCCGGCUCAGGGACCAUCCAGGAUCUGAUGUGGGUAUCAUGGAGGUUGGGCUCCAGUCAGAUCUACAGGUGUAUCUACACCUAUCACAGACCUGGAUCAUCCUCCUUGUGUCGUUGGCAGCGUCCGAGGUAUCAAUCUUGUUGAUGUUGAUCUUCUUGAGGAAGAGAGUGAGGAUCGCCAUCGCUCUGCUCCGAGAGGCCAGCAAAGCGAUGGGCCACAUCCCGUCUACGCUCUUCUACCCCGUGGUCACCUUCCUCCUGAUCACUGUCUGUAUCUCCUACUGGGCCGUUACUGCUGUUUACCUGGCCUCUUCAGGUGAGCCUGUCUACAAAGUGAUGUCUCCCAACGUCAGCUGUCCACACGCCAACUCCACCUGCAGCCCCGAGACGUUUAACAGGUCACACAUCUCCUCGUCUCCUCUGUGUGCCGGCUCUCAGUGUCUCUUCGCUUUCUACGGAGGAGAGACGCCGUUCCACCGUAACCUGUUCUACCUGCAGCUGUCCAACCUGCUCGUCUUCCUCUGGCUCGUCAACUUCAGUCUGGCUUUGGAGCAGUGCACAUUAGCUGGGACGUUUGCCUCCUACUACUGGUCCAGGAGGAAACCCCAGGAUAUCCCACCAUGCCCACUGUUCUCAUCAUUCACCAGGACGGUCAGGUAUCACACAGGCUCACUGGCGUUCGGAGCUCUGAUCCUCUCUGUGGUUCAGCUCGUCAGGAUCGUUCUGGAAUAUCUGGAGCAGAGACUGAGAGGUGUGAACAACAGUGUGCCCCGGUUCAUCAUGAUCUGCCUGAAGUGCUGCUUCUGGUGUUUGGAGCGAUUCCUCCGUUACCUGAACAGGAACGCGUAUAUCAUGCUGGCCAUCUAUGGUAAAAGUCUGUGUGAGUCAGCCAGAGAAGCCUUCUUCCUGAUGAUGAGGAACAUGGUGAGGGUUGCUGUUCUGGACAAAGUCAUGGACUUCUUGUUGUUUCUUGGUAAAGUUAUGAUUGCCGGAGGAGUCGGUGUUGUUGGGUUCCUCUUCUUCACCAGGAGGAUCCCUGUUUUACAAGAUGAAGUCCCUGAACUUAACUACUACUGGGUCCCUCUGCUGACGAUGGUGAUUGGCUCGUACCUGAUCGCUCACGGAUUCUUCAGCGUCUACGCCAUGUGUGUGGACACGCUCUUCAUCUGCUUUUGUGAUGACUUGGAGAGGAAUGAUGGGACUUCACAGAAACCCUUCAUCAUGUCUCCAGAGUUGCACAUGAUUCUGUGUAAACACUCAGAGAAUCGAUGAUGUUUUCCAAUCGUCCAAUCAGCUCUCAGAUCACAGAACCAUGCCCAGGAAUGUAUUGAUGCAAGAACUCUGUGGAACCAAGGAGAACAUUUUUUUUUUUUAAAUCAGUGCCAUUGUUGGUCUGAGCAUCUGCUGGGACAGAUGAACUUUAUUAUUAUUACCAUAAUUAAAGCCUUCAACUAUAAAUCACACAGCAAAAAGAGCAUUUAACAAUGAGUCAUGUUCACUGUUUUGCUUUGGAAUAAGAUGUUCUCUUCUCUGUGUUUUUAGAUGACUGAAUAAGUGAACACCAGUUUACAAAUGGCUAAUAUUUACUGAUUAUUGUAGAAGAACAUUCACUGAUCAGCUGUUAUAUUUGAGAGAGACGACCAUGUUUACAUAGACACCAUCCACCAAAAAGACUGCAGAACCUAAACGUCAGGUAAAUACCCGAAACACAACAAAAGGUGAAGUUUCAGGAAGAAAUCAUAGCAGUGAACAUGGCUUUAUCUCAGCUGGAAUACGAGGAAAUCACUGCAUGUAUGAGGCCACAAAUGUUCAUAGAAAGGUUCUUUUUUUAACUUAAAGCCAAUUUUUAAACACCGUUUUGUUGUAUUUAUACUGUCUGUUACUUCUUUUUAUAAAGUUUUUAUUGUGAGUUUAAGUUUUUUUAAUAUGGAGCUGUUUACAACCUGAUUAAGUAAAUUAUUGAAUAAAAAUGA